AUGAGAAAGGUGGGUCGAAAUCUAAGUGAGCAGCUUGAUACAUGGAAUAUAUUAGCAAAGGCAAGAAAUGAAGGACGCCUAUUUGCCAAUAUCAGAUGGCCUAGAGACCCCGACAUUAACGAGCAGAUGAAGCGGUUGCACUUACUUUUAAAAAUGAAGGAUUCUGCUGCUAAUGUCCCCAAGAAUCUUGAAGCAAGAAGAAGAUUCAGGUUUAUUGUCUAA